UACCAGUGCAACUUGCAGACUGUUUGACGUUCAAUAGAAUAUUGGUUCCCAAAUUAUACUGUGUAAGUGAAUCCUAUCGGCUUGGCUCCAUUUGAUAUUUAAUUUUUUAUCGACCACACAUUAUACAGUGUUAAACUCAUAUGAGUUUUAGCAAUGGCGUCUGGACUUCCAGAUGCACUGGAAAGACUGGCUUUGAAAGCAGAACAAUCUGAAAAUGAACAAGGAACAUCAUUCAGCAAGUAUUUUGGACAACCUGGAAACACCGAUGAUAUUUUUGACACCAUUGUUAAACCUUCAAGAUUAGCAGAUGAAGAACCAAAAAUUAACUUUUUUAAAAGCCCAAACUCAACACCCUCAAAAGAAGAUGUUCAUCAGAACUACCCACCUAAAUUUGCAUUCAAGAAGGGCGAGAAAGAAUCAGAACCCAAGAUUUUUUCUUAUUUUUCUCAGCCAACAACCACUGCUGGUGAAUUGAACACAAAUAAUGAUGCAACAGAAUUCUUUGAUCAGAUGUCACAGCUGGCAUCAAAAUCACACGAACCUAUUGAGAUCGCCGGCCCAGGUUUUCGACUCUCGUCGGAGGAUAUUAACCCCUCAAAGGCGUGUUCGCAAGCCCUACCCGUUACCGAAAGCACUACUAUUCCAUCUAAUCAGAAUAGCGAGGCAAGCGUUUCAGCAGACACAGAACACUCAUCUCAAGUUUCUUCAACUUCAGCUGCCAAUUUAGUAAACAGUAGUCACAAUAUUUCAUCAGUCGGAGCGAUACGUGUAUUCACACCUCAACCAGUUGUACCCAAUUUAGUUAACGAAACUGAUCAAACGGUGAAAACUUUGAGCGAUUCGCAAGAACGUGCUUCUAACUGGUGGAUCCCAAAAGAGCCAGUUCGGCUCUGGCUUCAGUCAACUCGAGCAAAUUUUUCAGAAACCUUCCACCCAAGCUGUCCGGGCCUACUUAACAGCAUUGAAUUGACUGAUCCGAUAAAAGAUUUACUCCGGCACUUUGAUGGCGAAGCGGCGGCUGCUGAGAGACAAACACUAACAGCCGAUAUGGUCACACAAGACGCUCAAGGUAUUCGGGAUCUAAUCAAGGUGGGAUGUUACAGGGCGGCAGCAAAUUUAUGUGGUCGACUAUUAACAGCUUGUGGACAAGGAUAUGGUAAAGCUGGGCAGCCAUCAAAGCACACGCCUCACAGUCUAAAUUUGUGGAUGACGCGCCUUGCUCUGCUGAAAAAAUCCAAUCUAGUUGAAAUGGCAGUCAACGAACUGGAUGCGUUUGGUGACCUCGACUCUCCUGAUUUCUACUACGAAUAUUAUCCGGAGCUAAAUGACCAGAAAAAACAUGGAACUAUGGUGCCUUUUACAUUUCGUCUGUUAGCGGCCGAGCUUCCAGCCCACCACAAUCGCGUCAACGAGGCUCAUAUGAAGCUCUGUCAUUUGUUAUCAACUGUCCGACGAAUCAUACGAGACAUUGACCAAUUUGCCGCUUUGGACAAGAUGAACGAAGUUGAACGACGUGAAGCUGCGAAUAUGUGGUCUGACAGAGAGACUGCAGUCCUUCAAUCCUUGAUUACCUGUUCGCUAAUGAAAAAGGACUUCCAUAACGUGGUUCGGCUGUUCCACAAGCAAUUGCAUCGUCCUGGACAUAAGCCAAAUCCCACGCUUUAUUCAGCGUUAGGUCGAGUUUAUCUGCAAAUAGGAGACAUACCACUCGCUCAGCAAGCGUUUAAUUGCGCAGUAGAUUUGCGAGAUAUCAAUAAACCAGGAGAUGCUAUAGCAUCCUUAACUGAUGCCGGAUUAGUGGCCAUCGCCCAAAAUGCUUUCUCAGAAGCGCUCGGAUAUUUCCAACAAGCACUGGCCCUUCAGCCGGACAAUCCAGUGCUUGUCAACAACACAGCAGUAUGCUUGCUCUACGUGGGUCGCAUGCGUGACGGAAUGCUCUUACUAGAGGAGAAUCUAGGAACGAAGCCUGAGAUGAUGAUCCGUAAUGACACCGUCCUGAAUGUCUGCACACUGUACGAGCUGGAGAGCUCAUUGACGGUGCAGCGCAAGUUGGGCAUGCUCCGCCUGGCCUCGAAAUGGAAAAACGACGACCUUAACAUCGCGUCUUUCAAACUUCAAAUCCAAUAAAAGGGAAGGAAACUGAGUUA